AUGUCCUCCCAGCUCUCUCAGUCUGUCCCCCGCCGCCGUCCCCUCCCCCGGGGAUGCCCAGAGACGCGGGGCAGCCCCCCUCGGCCGCACGCCCCGCAGCGCUGGGGGGGCGUCGCGGGGCCCCCCGGGACACGCGUGCAUGUGCGGGGCCGCAGGCAGGGCCGCCCGGGACGGAGCGGGGGCCGUCCCGGAGACCCCCUCUCUGUCCUGGGACUCCCGGGGGGGGGGGGGGGACACGGGGACCCCCGCCCGGGGACAGCCACACGGCCCCCCACGCGUUGUGCCUGGAGGACCCCGCACUGCCCCCCCCCCCGGUGCCCCCUCCCCGGUCCCCGCUUCCCCCCUCGCAGCUGCAUGCCUGCAGGGCCGGCUCUGCCCGCGGCUGCCGCCGCCGCCGCCCCGCGCCCCGCCGCUGUAUCUCUGGCAAAUAAAGACCCCGCUGAGGACAAACUGAGACAGCACCAGCGCCGCCUGCCCAGUCUCUCUGUGGGGCCGGGGGGCUGCCGCGCGUGCCGGCAGCACGGCGCUGAGCGAGGCGCGGCACCGCUGCCCGGGCAGCGAGGGCAGCGGGACCCCGUGGGCGCUUGCCGCCGGGCAGGAUCCCGGGAGGGAUCCCGGGUGCCACCGCGGGGCCCCGCCCACUCCCAUAGGCCGCGCCCCUCGGCCACGCCCACAAGACCACGCCCACCAGACACAGCGCCACCCUUGGCCCCGGCGCGGGAUCUCCUGAGGUCACUUCCGGGGCGGGCCGGAAGCGUUGCGCUCGCGGUCGCGUUUAAACCGCGCAAGGCCGCGCGGCUGCCGCGGCCCGGGUGUGACCCCCAGAGCUCCCCCGGUGACCCGCGCUGCCGGCCCGCCAUGCCCAUCCGCGCCCACUGCACCAUCUGCUCCGACUUCUUCGACAACGAGCGGGACGUGGCGGCCGUGCCGUGCGGGCACACCUUCCACCAGGCCUGCCUCUUCCAGUGGUUUGACACUGCACCGAGCCGGACAUGCCCACAGUGCAGAAACCAGGUCAGCAAAAGACACAUCAUCAAUAAGCUGUUUUUUGAUGUUACCCUGGAUGAGCAAGCAGCACCGGAUGCUGAGACCCUGCAGAAUGAACUGGACAAGGUGAAGGCCCAGCUCUCCUUGAAAGAGAAAGAAAAGCGGGAAUGCCAGGUUGUUGUGGAUGGGCUGAGGGACACUCUGGAUGUGCGCAAUGCCACAAUAGAGUCGCUCCAGAAGAUGCUGGGAGAGACAGAGAUGCUGUGCUCCUCUCUCAAGAAGCAGAUGAAGUUCCUGGAGCAGCAGCAGGAGGAUAACAGAAGUUCAAAGGAGGAGGCCCGCCGGCUGCGAAACAAGCUGAGAACCAUGGAGCGGAUCGAGCUGUUGCUUCAGAGCCAGCGCCCAGAAGUGGAGGAGAUGAUCAGAGACAUGGGAGUCGGGCAGGCAGCAGUGGAGCAGCUUGCCAUCUACUGUGUCUCCCUCAAAAAGGAAUAUGAGAAUUUGAAGGAGGCUCGGAAGAUCUCUGGUGAGAUGACAGAGAAGCUGAAAAAGGAGCUGUUUUCUGUCAAUAAUAAGCUGCAGAAAACUACUUCAGAGCUGGAGAAGACAAAGGAGGAGUUAAAAAGCACACAGAAAGAUCUGAAGAAUGCAGACAAGGAGAUCUUGAGUUUGAAGAAAAAGAUAGACAUCCUGCAGGAUACUCUGAAGGUCCCAUCUGUAACCAGGGAAACACUCAGUCGGCUAGUCUUGGAAAGCCCUGCUCCCCUGGAACUGCAGCAUCCAAAGCUCCACCGCCCGGCCCACAGCGAUGAGAUCAACCUCGAUGCUACGUACGAUGUGGACACCCCUGAACACCAGCGCUGCACAGCUCCCUUUGGCCCUGCAAAAAGGCAGAAGCUGGAUAAAAAGCCGCCUCCUGUGGUAAAUCUGGCGAAGAAAGUUCUGAAGGAAACAGUGGAGAACGGGGCAGAUGAUCUGGAGGAUGAUGCUCUUAAAGGAUUCUUGCCAGCAUUCAUCAGGAACUCUUUUCUCUCCAAGAAGCCAUCUUCGGGUGGUUUGCUGGGUUCCCACAGGAACAUGGGCUCUGUGAGGACGGGCUACGAUGGCAUGGGAGGCAGAACAAAGUUCAUAGAGCCAACAAACCUGGCAGAAAUCCGUCCAUUAUCAGUUAGGAGCAAGAAGAAGGUCUCCAGACCAGUGUCUGCAGCUCCUGCAUUUUCUUCCAGCAGCAGCCAGGCCAGAAUGGACACUUUCCUGCUGUGAGAGCCCCAGACUUCCUGGGAGAGACUUGGAGAAGAGGCUGCAGGGCAGAGCACACUUGCCCAGAGCCUGGCAUGAGGCAAUGUGCAGCCACCUCUGCCUGGGGUGCUGUUCACUAAGCACUGAUGCUGCCCUGUGACUGAGAUGAGCUGCCCUGUGGAGAAUCCUGCCCUUGCAGCAAGCCUCUGGAGGCCAAGCCUCUGGCUAAUGCCUGGACUGAGUUACCCUCAUUUUACCAUUCCUUCCUCCUUUUUUUCAAGCAGAAUUGACAGGGUUUUCUUGCCUUCUGGCCUCCUCAGAGUUCUGCAGUUGCUGCUGCUUUGGGCUCCCUGGCACCAGGUGGAACUGCACUUCUUGGAUGCAGCCACAAGCAGGAGGUGCAGGAAGGGUGUCUGGGAUGUCAGUCUGGAGAGCAGCAGGGAAAAUGGACCUGGACCAGCUCCAUGCCUGGUGUAAAUAGUUCCAGGAAAGUUUACUGGAGGAAGAAGCGUGUAGAGCACCUGUGUGGCUGUCGAGUGUCUGUAUAUUCAUCAUCCAAUGAAACACCUUCCCUCAACCACAGGCCUGUUGGGGCUGGGGAGAUCCACAGAUGGGCUUGGGAGCUGUGUUGCCCUGCCUUUUUUUGGGUCAUGAGGUCCAGAUUUCAGGCUUGGCACUGAAACUACUGACUUGGAAGGAAAGUAUUGGGGUGACCCCCUGCUCUACUUGGAAGCAGAGAUAAGGGUGCUGGUGCGACCUUCGUGCUGGGCACAUGUUGGUGUGGAACUUGUUUAUUAAUUCCUAUGUUUUAAUAAGAGUGUAUUUUUGUUAUUUUGUAACUUUUCUGACUUGCGAUUGGAGGGUUUGGAAUGGCCUGGAGAAGUGCUGAAGAAUAGCUCCCUUCAGGAGAGGGGGAGGCUGGUGGGGUUGAACAUGUCUGGGUUCUUCAGCUUGGAGCCGUGGAACAGGAGAUCCACACCUGAAGCAGGGCUGCAAGGAACAGAUGUGGUGAGGCACCUCAUAAAGCACUCUCCUGUACAAAUCUGACCUUUCCUAUUUCCAGCUGCUUCAGGCCAAAUCUAUUACUGGACUGGCUAAAAACAUGUUUUUAGGGAAUAAAAUAUAUUACU